CUGCCACUGCCACAGUCCACAUCUGCUCGGGUUGGUCCGCUAUCCCCCGCCGCAGGGUAUGUACGGAGGGGGAGGGACGAGUACUCGAGUAGAGCAUGUCCUAUGCAGGUCGGAAUCAACUGAAUGGCGGCCAUGUGGAGAUACACGCUACACGCUACACCCAAGCCCAAGCAUCCGCAUCGUAUCCAUCAACAUCGACACUGUGCCCGUCGCGGCGCCGUCUCCUUAUAUAUGCCCAGGACCUGGGGUAGCUGCUGCCAUGUUGUCAUAUCGACUUUUUGUUGCUGCUGCCGCUGCCGCUGCCGUUGCUGCCAUUGAAAUCGCAGGGCCGCGUAGGUAGCAUUGGCAAUCAAGCUGUUUUGGCAGCACCAGACGGAGUACUAGUACUCGUACCAACCAGUACUCGUCCGAGUGCAGGAUACCUAUACGACAGGAUAGGUAGGACUUGCCGACACAAGUGACUCAACACCACACUACCGCGACGAUCCUCCAAAAUAUAUUGAAAUCCAGGGCGGACAUUGAUAUUGACAUUGACAUUGACAUUGCCAUUGCGUGGUGGUGGUGUUCGCGGAAGAACUGGAAAGGCUCCUCCACCAAGGCAAUUGCACGUGCGGAGCCACGGGAGCGAAGCUGCACCUCCACUGCAAGCUUGCCCUGCGCUGCGGCUUGCCCUUUGCAGACGAGACUCAAAGCUCCAGGUCUCCCAGAAUUCCGCCUUCCAAUUCACGUCCACACCCACACCCACACCCCCUCAACACCAACCACCACAACCGCUACCACCUCAACUCCUCAAAUUCACCAUCUCCAGACACGACCCGGCCUUCACGCGAUCGUCCUUGGCCCCUAAUACCGCCCACGUGUACCUGUCGAGUUAUCCAACUGCCGGCACUGUACGCCUUGUACACAUUGUACACAUUUGCACACCACACACAAGCACCUACGCCUACGCAGAGCGAGUGCCAUUCACCUCAUUUCCGCUCAGUGCCCCCCGUCCCCCCAUUGUCCUACAAUCUUCCAAGGCACAGUUACCACCCUGUCACCAAGGUCGAGCGGUUGCAAUGACCUAAGUCUCCUCUUCUAUCCAGAACCGCUUUCUACCACAAUGCAGAAUCGCGAACUCGACUGCCACCCAAGAAAGUUCAUCAACGGAUGAAAGUUUCUCCCGAUAAUAUACCCAGACCACACCACACCACACGCGCUUCUAGACGCCUUUUCGACGCAAACCGAUUACUUGAACCCAGACCUACGGAUACCCUUCUUGGCAGCAUCACUGCCCAGCCUUCAGCCGAAGGUACAACAUCCAUUGCCAAGAGAGCACACCGGACACACAAAGCUCGUUAUUGAGGUGAUUUGCUACCAUGGUGGGCAUGUCUAUGGAGUCCAUGUUGGACGAAGAGAGAAGAGAUGUUUUGGCGUUAUUGGAAGGUUCAUCGGCCUCGCGUACCAGGGGCUCUGCCAGCUCGGCUGCCUCUGGGCGCGAAUCGUCCCCAUUUACCCCCAGAUCGCCUAUAAGGAGCAUGCUGGAUAUCGCGGAAGAUGCUCCUCCCAGGCGUGCAUCCGCUCCUAGAAAAAAUGCAGAAGUUGCGAAGCCAGUCGCAAACCCCCCUCGAAUGGGCAAGAUUAGGAGUAUGUUGGACCUUGAUGGCCCGCCAUAUCCAUCACCAGCGUCAGGAGCAACAAAAAGUGCCCAGGCAUCUCCAACUCAAUCGAAUAACAAACCCUACUCUUCCAGUUCUAUACCACAUCGAAGCCUGUCUGAUGCAGGAAGCAGACCAGCUGAAUUUGGGCCCAGGUCAAAUGUUCUAGAGACGCCGAAAAACCCAAGCACGGCAUAUCAGUUCGCUGGGAUUCUGACUGCCAACCCGGGAGGACCUAUGGUACCAAGACGAAACACUCAGGGGGGAAAGAAGUCCUCUCUCCCAAGCGCCAUGUCUGAAGUUGUAAGGGGUGGUGACUUGAGUAUGUUUGGAGGACCACGCGAGCGUGGUCGAAAUCAUUCGAUUGCUAGUACUGGAAUUAGUACAGCAAAGUCAAAAUCACCACACAACCGACUUGGAUUGCGGUCUAAUUCUCCCCACACGAGUUCACUUAGUCAGGAUUCUAAUAGAUUUGUUCUCAACGAUGGUAGAGUGAUUGAUAUGAACAGUGCAUACCGAAGGUUAUCAGAUGCCAAUUUAGCUUUGUCUGGGGGUAAUCUAUCAACUUUAGGUAAUAGGAGACGGAAGGGGAGUAGCAGGGACGGAAGCGAUCCAGACGGCGGCAGACUUGAAAAAGACUAUGUUCCGGUAGAUGGAGAGGAUGCAGUUGAUAGUAGCGAUGACGAUGAGCACUCAUCAGAUGAUGAGGGUACCCGGGGCAGAAAGGCACAGAGUAGAGGAAGGAAUCGGGAAAAGGCAGAACAUUCUCGAACGGAGAGUCAGACAACGAUUGGGAUGGGUAGAGGCAAAGGUCCUAGAGGCGCAGCCCAGAGCUUGAUGGCCGCCGCUGAAGAAGAGCGUACGUGCAAAUAAGAACUUCUCGCUAAAGAAUAUUUUACUAAUGUAACUUAGGUGAGGCAAUCGCAUCAAGAUACAAGGUUCGAUCGCUCUUGGAUCCCGAGAUCACUGUUACAGCACCGUCUGGGACGAAAUUGAAAUCAAGCAAGCCUGGGGUUCAUCCCAAUACAAGUUUCGAUGACCAAGGAACCACUGGUCUUAAUACGCCUGUAGAUUCUGAUACUGAACAAGAUCUUACAGACAUAAAGCGAGCACAAAAGCUAUCGGUUAAUAUGACAUCUAUCACGUCCACUCCGGCAACCGCACGAUGUGUCCGUACGCUCUAUCGAGGAGACUUUACAAAGACGCAAAAAGAAGCUCAAGACAACCAGCGACGUGUUCGGAAGUAUCUGGUGGCUACAGAUCUCAGUGACGAGGCAGCUCAUGCCCUGGAGUGGACUAUUGGGACAGUACUUCGUGAUGGGGAUACCCUACUUGCAAUUUAUUGUGUGGACGAAGAACUUGGAAUUGAAACCAUGGCAGACGAGGCGCAUAUGAGAGAGCAAGUAGUGGCGGUUGGCGACGCAGCCAAAUCUACUGCAUCGACUCCUGUACUGGCUCCUGUUACUGGACCUAGUCCAUUGGGUCCUGGCUUCAGAUUGGAAACCAAUAGUGCCAGUGCAAGUCCCAUGGGCAGGCACCGGGAUAAAGCUGAACAAGACCGAUACAGAGCCGUACAGGAUAUCACUGAUCGAGUUUCUAAGCUGUUGAGGAAAACAAAAUUGCAGGUGAAGGUAGUCAUUGAGGUAAUUCACUGCAAGAGCCCAAAGCAUCUGAUUACAGAGGUCAUUGAUUACAUAUCGCCGACACUGGUGAUUCUUGGUAGCCGAGGGAGAAGCGCACUUAAGGGGUAAGCCACCAAACUGAAAUUGCAACGUACUUCUGCUGAUAAAACACAGCGUCAUUUUGGGCUCUUUCUCUAACUAUCUGGUCACGAAAUCUUCCGUACCGGUUAUGGUUGCUAGAAAGCGUCUUCGAAAGCAUACAAAGUACAAACGUCCUGCCGUUCGGUUGGCCAACAAUCUUGCAAGUCCGGUUAAGAGCCUAGAAAAGGCGAGGAUCGAUUAGAACAUCACCACUCCAGCUUGUCCAUAGCAACAAUGAAACUCCACCCUUCAAUUGGCACUCUCCCACUUUCGCAACCACCCAAAUAUCUUUAUCCGGAAUGUGUAAGGGGAUGCAACCAAUUACUACCGGUCUCCCGGACUUUCUCUUUCAAAUCAUAUAAAUUUAUAAAUACUUGCAGCAAAUCACAUCCUGUGAUUGGAAAUAAUCAGGUCUAAUAAUGAACACGCGGCAGUGUGUACUCGAAGUGGAAUCCUGGCGUUUGUCCCCCUCCUGACAUGCGGCCACGUUCGGGUAGGUUAGGCAAAUUCUGCAAAAGAAUUUGUGUGGAUAGGCUCGGAAGGAGGGAUAGGGAGGGAAGAAGGGAUGUAGGCUGUGGGCUAAUGGACUAUGGGACCGCCAUGUCAUGACUCUUCUGGUCCCAUUACAUACAUAAACUUGAACUCGCUGCUCUUGUCCCUUGUGUGUUGGCUGCCUGGCGUUUUUUUAGGAAAUAUACCAAGAAAAUCUUUGCUCAUUCG